AGCAUACGAGUCGAGAAAAGGUCACCCACUAGAGGCAUCGCCUUUUGAAUUGGCUAAUACCAUGUCGACUGGGUCUCAUCUGCAAAAAUGCUCACUCCGCCAUCGUCAUUGCGCCAGGCGACCGAGACAGGCUUCCCUAAGUAGGCGCCCCUCGACGCGGGCAGCCGGUAUUGGUGGCGGCCACACUACCUUCUUGGCUCAAGCCUACACUUAUACUCCGCUAUAGUCAGCACAGUUGCCGUAAG